UUUUCUGCAGCAAACUUUGUAUAAAUUUACGGCUGAAACUUGCGCACAAGCAGAACGCCACCACCCAACUUGUGUGCCGGACGAUCAAGGACCGGUAAAAAGAAUGAUCGCCAUCAUCCUGCUACUGCAAUUUGUUCUCCGCGGUAAUGCAGAAGAAACUGAAUUUUUUGUUUAUCCGAGUAUAUUGCAAGAACGCUCAGCUGAGGGAAAAUUAGUGCUACGCCUGAAUGACAAGAUAACAUUGAAUCUUGAAAAGAGCUCUGUGCUGGCCGACAAACUUCUCUUUGUCACAAGCGGCGAAAAAGUGAACCAGGUGGAAGCUGUGGACACAUCUUCUAUUCAAAAGACUAUAUACCACGACACACACUACCAGUCCUCUGUUAUGGUGCGCGAGAGAGAUGGAACGACGCAAGUCGAAGGAAUUGUGAGCCACAAUCUCAGAAUCAAGCCUGUGCCCACAGGAGAGCGUUCUUUGCAAGGGCAAAUGUUGCACAAAAUCUACGAAGUCAAAGAGACUGACGAAAGGUUCGCUAAUAUGGAGCCGAGACUCCAGAGCUCGUACAGGAGUGAGGACGAUUACGGUGGCUCUCGACGUCGAAGGCGGAACGGUGAAGCCAACAAUGCUGAUCUGUUUAUUGUGGAAAUUCACGUGGUGUGUGACCGGGAUCAUCAAAGUCACUUUGAAACCAACGAGGAUUUAAUUGGUUACAUGGCAGUCACGACCAAUGCGGUGAAUUUGAGAUAUAUCGAUAUGGCGGAACCGAAAGUACGCUUCCAGCUCGUCGGACUAACAAGAAGGACUGAACCUCCUUUUGCUAAAAACGUUCAAGGUACCAUAGAAACGGGUGCCACAUUGAACGGUAUACUGAAAUAUCAUGAAGAUGAUAAGAUACCAGGGGAACCUGAUCUGGUGUUUCUUGUGACCGGCCUAGAUCUGAUAAAGGUGGAAAAUGGAAGAGUGGAGAAAGGCAUAGCGGGGCGCGCAUACAUUGGUGCGGUAUGCAGCAAGCACGGCGUCGGCGUCGGUGAAGACAAAGCUACCGCUUACAGUGGAGUCAAUACCAUGGCACACGAGCUAGGCCAUUUAAUGGGAUCGGAUCACGACACUAGCGCGAGGUGUCCGUGGAGCGAGGGUUAUCUCAUGAGUUAUGUGGACGGAGGAUUGAAGAAAUACCGACUUUCUCCAUGCACUGAAGACAGCAUCCGACAAGUCUACGGGAGGCUAACGAAAGCGUGCAAAAGCUUGCUCACGAACACGAACUUAAUGAAAAAACACAAGGAAUAUCCGGGACAGACAGUGCGUGAGAAGUACUAUUGCAGGAAGGUGGUUGGUGACAAAGGCAAGGGACUGAAGGUCUUCCCCAUGAAGCCUACGGACCAAGCCAAGAAGUGCAAAAUGCAAUGCUGCUAUUGGAAAGGAAAUAUGAGAACUUGCUGGGGUGCAGCUAUACUAGAAGGCAUGGAAUGCACUAAGGGAAAGACGUGCAGGAGAGGAGAAUGCGGAAAGCCAUGAAUGGUGAUUGUUGGGACAAAGUUGCCACUUCAAUUCCUGGUAUAUCUUGAAUUUAGCUACCUAAACCUUGGGUAUAUAAACAAUAAAGUACAAGGACUGCA